UGCAGCUGGCGCACGCUUGAAGAGUUUGUUUUGUUUCUGAACUGGUAUAAUUUAGUGGGAAUCAUGCGGUACGCUCAGAUAAUUGUGGGUCCUGCAGGGAGUGGCAAGUCCACCUAUUGCAGCUUAAUGCAACAGUUUGCCAUGGACAGCAAGCGAAAUAUACAAGUGGUGAACCUCGAUCCGGCGGCCGAGCAUUUUACCUACACCGCGCUGACUGAUAUUCGCGAGCUGAUUCACUUGGACGAUGCAAUGGAGGAUGAGGAGCUGCACUACGGGCCAAAUGGCGGCCUCAUCUUCUGCUUGGAGUUUUUGAUUGAGAACCAGGAUUGGCUGAAGGAUCAGCUCUGCGGCGGCGAGGACGAGCUGAUGGUGGGCGAGCCCGACGACGACUACAUCCUGUUCGACAUGCCCGGCCAGAUCGAACUGUUCACCCACCUAAAGAUGGGCAAACAACUGGUGCAGCUACUAGAGUCGUGGAACUUCCGAACCUGCGUGGUCUUCUGUUUGGACUCGCAGUUCAUGGUGGACGGGGCCAAGUUCAUAUCCGGCACCAUGGCCGCCCUCAGUGUUAUGGCCAACAUGGAGCAGCCGCACGUCAAUGUGCUUACCAAAGUAGAUCUGCUGAGCAGUGAGGCGCGAAAGCAGCUGGAGAUAUACUUGGAACCGGAUGCCCACAGUUUGAUGGGGGAGCUGACGAUUGGAAGUGCCUUUGGUGAGAAGUACGGCAAGCUCACUGAAGCAAUUGGAUCGCUGAUCGAGGAUUUCAGUUUGGUGCGAUUUUUCCCGUUGGACUCUCAGGACGAGGAGAGUGUGGGUGAUCUUUUACUGCAAAUUGACAACAUUUUGCAAUAUGGUGAAGAUGCAGACGUGAACGUAAAGGACUUCGACGAACCGGAGGAAGAUGAAAGGGAUGCAUAAUGAUUGAUAAUUAUUUAUCGUUAAGCCGAUUUAUGUUAUUGUAAAUUUAAAAAAAAAUUAAAAUUAAUUAAAAUACA